AUGCGAACUGUCUUCUUCUUUCUCACCUUGGCCACGUUGGUGCUGAGCCUCAACCUCACCAAGACUGACGGCACCAUGUUGGAGCUCAGCGGCACUCCUGGACUCGUCAAUCUCAGCGGUGUGAUUCUUCCUGAGCCCGGCAUAGAUGAGGACAAACAGUCACUCCAAUAUGCUGCUCGUGAGCCGACGUCCACUACUUCCUUCGACACCGGCGAUGUUGCAUCUGCAAACGACGACGAGGAUUGCUGGGGGCACGACAAGGAAUACUGUCGCAUGUUACAUUUCUACGAACACAAUCGAUUCGGAGGUCGCGUAAGUGUCUACCAAAGCUGCAUCCAGAGCAUGAAUACGUGUCGGGAGACUACGGGUGAUCUAUCGUCCAUCAAGUUCAAGAACUGCCCGCGCGGUACGCCAAACUUCCGAGAUGGUCAGGCGUACUACUGUUUCUUCUACGACACCAAGAACUGCGACAACUCUAGGGCUGGCUUGUAUCUGCCCGGUCGAGGCGAGUUCCCUCAUCUUGGGCAGUGGGACUGGAAUGAUCGCAUCAGGAGCUUCCAGUGCUUCUGGGACUCGUAA